AAAGCAUAAAUAGGCCCAAACCCAAUGAGAGAGAAGGAAAACGUCCGUCCCGAGUCUCGACUUCUGCAGAACCUCGGACGGAGCGAGGAGGGUAAAGGGGGAGGGAAAGUUUAACUGAAGAAGAAAUAAACCUAUUUAUCGAAUGAUCACCGGAAAAAUCCUCAUCUCAUUUCAAACCCUAGUUUUUGUAGUUGUAGGCAGGUCCAAACAAUCUUAUUUCCCGCGAAAGAAGCGUCAGUGACCGUCACAGAGAAGUCUUCAAGUCGUAGAGCCGCGCGGGGGAUUUAUCUUCUGAAACCCUAGAGGCACAGAGAAGUCUGAAAUCGAGCCGGAGUUGUUCGGCUAUUGAGGCCGCGGAGCUAGGGUUUCUGGGACUCUUGACUGCAAGAUGAGUCCUAUUCAGAAUUUUGAACAGCACUCUCGGCAUCUCGUCGAGCCCGACCUCCCAAUCCAAACGAGGCUUCAGAUGGCAAUGGAAGUUCGGGACAGUCUCGAGAUUGCUCACACUGCAGAAUACUCGAAUUUCCUAAAAUGUUACUUCCGAGCAUUCUCAGUAAUUCUUUUACAAAUUACAAAGCCACAAUUAACGGAUAACCCUGAACACAAACUCAGGAACAUUGCUGUCGAAGUUCUCAAUCGCCUUCCUCACAGUGAGGUCCUCCGUCCCUAUGUUCAGGACCUCUUGAAGGUAGCCAUGCAAGUUCUCACCACUGAUAAUGAAGAGAAUGGCUUAAUUUGUAUCCGUAUCAUCUUUGACCUCCUCAGAAACUUCAGACCUACCCUUGAAAAUGAAGUUCAGCCAUUCUUGGACUUUGUGUGCAAAAUUUACCAGAACUUUAGAUUAACCGUUAGCCAUUUCUUUGAAAAUGGGGCAGCAGUUCCAGUCCCAGUGCCAGUUCCAGUUCCAGUUUCAGUACCAGUGGGCGGGGAAGAUGUUAAGCCCAUGGAUGUUUCAGAUCAAGCUGUUACCACUACUACAGGGUAUGUUGGGGCUGGGCAGCUAAACCCCAGCACACGCUCAUUCAAGAUAGUUACGGAGAGCCCCCUCGUGGUUAUGUUUCUAUUUCAGUUGUAUGGCCGGCUUGUUCAAACCAACAUACCUCACUUGUUACCACUGAUGGUGGCUGCUAUAUCUGUUCCAGGGCCAGAAAAGGUCCAUCCCCACUUAAAGAAUCACUUCAUUGAGCUGAAGGGUGCACAGGUUAAGACAGUAUCCUUUUUAACUUACCUGUUGAAGAGUUUUGCUGAUUAUAUCAGGCCGCAUGAAGAAAGCAUAUGCAAAAGCAUUGUGAACCUGCUUGUUACAUGUUCUGACUCUGUUUCCAUUCGGAAGGAAUUGUUAGUAGCAUUGAAACAUGUUCUUGGGACAGAUUUCAAAAGGGGUUUAUUUCCUUUGAUUGACACACUCUUGGAGGAGAGGGUUCUGGUGGGAACAGGCCGGGCAUGCUUUGAGACAUUAAGACCAUUGGCUUAUAGUCUACUGGCAGAGAUUGUUCAUCAUGUUCGAGGGGACCUUUCAUUAUCACAGUUAUCACGGAUUAUUUACUUGUUCUCAAGUAAUAUGCAUGAUGCCUCAUUAUCACUCAGCAUUCAUACCACCUGUGCUCGGUUGAUGUUGAAUCUGGUGGAGCCAAUUUUUGAGAAGGGUGUGGAUCAACCAUCAAUGGAUGAAGCAAGGAUUUUACUGGGGCGAAUUUUGGAUGCUUUUGUUGGGAAAUUUAGUACUUUCAAGCGCACCAUUCCUCAGCUACUGGAAGAAGGCGAGGAGGGAAAAGAUCGAGCCACAUUGAGGUCCAAGCUUGAACUACCUGUGCAGGCUGUUCUGAACUUGCAGGUCCCUAUGGAACAUUCUAAGGAAGUCAGUGAUUGCAAGCAUCUGAUUAAGACCUUGGUCAUGGGAAUGAAGACUAUUAUCUGGAGCAUCACUCAUGCGCAUCUACCCCGAUCUCAGGUUUCCCCUUCAACACUUGGUACACAUCAACAGGUGCUUGUUUCACCAACAUCUAAUUUACCAGCACCUCAAGCAUUCAAAGGGAUGAGAGAAGAUGAGGUGUGGAAAGCAUCUGGUGUCCUAAAGAGUGGGGUUCACUGCUUAGCUCUCUUCAAGGAGAAGGAUGAGGAGAGGGAAAUGCUCAAUCUUUUUUCUCAGAUUUUGGCUAUUAUGGAACCUCGAGAUCUCAUGGACAUGUUCUCAUUGUGCAUGCCAGAGCUUUUUGAGUGCAUGAUUAGCAACACUCAGCUAGUUCAUAUAUUUUCUACGCUUUUGCAAGCUCCUAAGGUAUUCCGCCCAUUUGCAGAUGUUUUGGUAAAUUUCCUAGUGAGCAGCAAACUUGAUGUUUUGAAGCAUCCAGAUUCACCUGCAUCAAAACUUGUUUUGCACCUCUUUCGGUUUCUAUUUGGAGCUGUACCCAAGGCCCCUUCAGAUAUGGAACGUAUUUUGCAGCCUCAUGUGCCUGUCAUUAUGGAAGUUUGCAUGAAAAAUGCUACUGAAGUUGAGAGGCCCCUUGGUUAUAUACAACUACUCCGAACAAUGUUUCGAGCACUUGCAGGAGGAAAAUUUGAACUACUACUGCGAGAUUUGAUUCCUACCUUGCAACCCUGCCUAAAUAUGUUGUUGGGUAUGCUUGAGGGACCUACUGGAGAAGAUAUGAGGGACCUCUUGCUUGAGCUUUGCUUAACUUUGCCUUCACGCUUAAGUUCGUUAUUGCCUUUCCUUCCCCGCCUUAUGAAGCCUCUAGUUUUGUGUCUCAAGGGAGGUGAUGACCUUGUGAGUUUAGGGUUAAGAACACUUGAGUUUUGGGUGGAUAGCUUGAAUCCUGAUUUCCUGGAACCUAGUAUGGCAAAUGUUAUGUCCGAGGUAAUUUUAGCCUUGUGGUCUCACUUAAGGCCAGCACCCUAUCCUUGGGGAGGAAGAUCAUUGCAGCUCCUUGGGAAAUUAGGUGGCCGUAACAGACGCUUUCUCAAGGAGCCCCUUGCCCUUGAGUGCAAGGAGAACCCAGAGCAUGGGCUUCGCCUGAUUCUUACUUUUGAGCCCUCGACCCCGUUUUUGGUGCCUCUGGAUCGUUGCAUCAACCUUGCUGUAGCAGCAGUCAUGCACAAAAAUGGGAGCAUGGAUGCGUUCUACCGAAAGCAAGCUUUAAAGUUCCUUCGUGUAUGCUUAGCAUCUCAGUUAAAUUUGCCAGGAAUUGUUACUGAAGAGGCAUUUACACAGAGACAAUUGUCAACUUUGUUAGUUUCCUCUGUGGAUGCUUCUUGGCGCCGGACUGACUCAUCAGAUAUAAAGGCUGACUUGGGUGUAAAGACAAAAACUCAACUUAUGGCGGAGAAAUCUGUUUUCAAGAUUCUUUUGAUGACAAUAAUUGCUGCCAGUGCAGAACCAGAUCUCCUUGAUCCUAAGGACGAUUUUGUUGUGAAUGUAUGUCGCCAUUUUGCAAUGAUAUUUCAUAUAGAUUAUUCAACCAAUACUUCAAUUCCGAGUGCUUCUAGCGGGGGUCCUAUGCAUUCAUCUAGUGCCAAUGUUAGUUCCCGGUCAAAAAGUUCUAAUCUGAAAGAGUUGGAUCCUUUGAUAUUUUUAGACGCAUUGGUUGAUGUGCUAGCUGAUGAAAAUAGGCUCCAUGCUAAAGCUGCUCUUAGUGCACUAAAUGUGUUUGCAGAAUCUCUUCUGUUCCUUGCUCGGUCAAAACAUGCUGAUGUGCUAAUGUCAAGAGGAGGUCCUGGUACUCCUAUGAUUGUCUCUAGUCCAUCAAUGAAUCCCGUAUAUUCACCACCUCCAAGUGUUCGCAUCCUUGUUUUUGAGCAGCUUCUGCCCCGUCUCUUACACUGUUGCUAUGGAAGUACAUGGCAAGCACAAAUGGGAGGUGUUAUGGGACUUGGUGCUUUGGUUGGAAAGGUCACUGUUGAGACUUUAUGCCUUUUUCAAGUAAAAAUAGUACGGGGGCUUGUAUAUGUUCUUAAAAGACUUCCUAUUUAUGCUAACAAAGAGCAGGAAGAGACAAGUCAGGUGCUUACACAGGUUCUUCGUGUUGUGAAUAAUGUUGAUGAAGCAAAUAAUGAAACCCGCAGGCAAAGUUUUCAAGGAGUUGUUGAGUAUCUGGCCUCAGAAUUGUUCAAUGCCAAUGCAUCUGUUAAUGUGAGAAAGAAUGUGCAAUCGUGUUUGGAACUUUUGGCUAGUAGGACAGGUAGUGAGGUAUCUGAGUUGCUUGAGCCUUUAUAUCAACCUUUGCUUCAGCCUCUUAUAAUGCGGCCCCUUCGAUUAAAAACUGUUGAUCAACAGGUUGGUACUGUUACUGCUUUGAAUUUCUGCUUGUCUUUGAGGCCCCCUCUUCUGAAGUUGUCUCAAGAAUUGGUUAAUUUCCUGCAAGAAGCAUUGCAAAUAGCUGAGGCUGAUGAAACUGUAUGGGUUGUGAAGUUUAUGAACCCAAAGGUGGCCACAUCACUAAAUAAACUUCGAACAGCUUGCAUUGAACUACUUUGCACUGCAAUGGCAUGGGCAGAUUUUAAAACACCAGCUCAUUCUGAAUUGCGCGCAAAGAUCAUUUCCAUGUUUUUCAAGUCUUUGACAUGUCGAACUCCAGAAAUUGUUGCUGUAGCAAAGGAGGGCCUGCGACAGGUUAUCAGCCAACAAAGGAUGCCUAAGGAACUUCUACAAAGUAGCCUCAGGCCUAUUUUAGUUAACUUGGCUCAUACCAAAAAUCUGAGCAUGCCUCUUCUUCAGGGUUUGGCCCGCCUGCUGGAACUUCUAUCAACGUGGUUUAAUGUUACCUUGGGUGGUAAGUUGUUAGAGCACCUAAAGAAAUGGUUGGAACCGGAAAAGCUUGCACAGUCUCAGAAAUCAUGGAAAGCUGGUGAAGAACCUAAAAUUGCAGCAGCUAUUAUUGAGCUUUUUCACUUGCUUCCCAUUGCCGCAUCACAGUUCCUUGAUGAACUUGUUACAUUGACUAUUGAUUUGGAAGGGGCUCUUCCCCCUGGACAAUUUUACAGUGAGAUUAACAGUCCAUAUCGUCUUCCUCUCACCAAAUUUUUGAAUAAAUAUCCAACUCUUGCUGUUGACUAUUUUCUUGCUCGACUUAGUCAACCAAAAUACUUCAGGCGGUUCAUGUAUAUAAUACGUUCGGAUGCUGGUCAGCCCUUGAGAGAAGAACUUGCAAAGUCACCAAAGAAGAUACUUGCAAGUGCCUUUCCAGAAUUCUUACCAAGAUCUGAUGCAUCAAUGACCCCAGGAUCUUUAAAUCCGUCUGCUGCCAUAACGGGUGAUGAAGCCCUCGUUACCCCUCAAACUGAGAGUUCUAUUCCACCAUCUUCAAGCUCCAGUGCAAAUUCAGAUGCUUAUUUUCAGGGACUUGCUCUUAUUUCAACAAUGGUUAAACUGAUGCCUGGCUGGUUGCAGAGUAAUCGUGUUGUGUUUGAUACCUUAGUACUUGUUUGGAAAUCACCAGCAAGAAUCACUCGUUUACACAAUGAACAGGAGCUGAACUUGGUGCAAGUGAAAGAAAGCAAGUGGCUUGUCAAAUGCUUCCUGAACUAUCUGCGUCAUGAUAAAAAUGAAGUCAAUGUUCUUUUUGAUAUCCUCUCCAUUUUCUUGUUUCAUACCCGCAUUGAUUAUACCUUUCUGAAGGAGUUCUAUAUCAUUGAGGUUGCCGAGGGAUAUCCACCCAAUAUGAAGAAAAUACUUCUGUUGCAUUUUUUGAACCUUUUCCAAUCAAAACAACUUGGUCAUGAUCACUUGGUUGUUGUAAUGCAAAUGCUCAUUCUUCCUAUGUUAGCACAUGCUUUCCAGAAUGACCAAAGUUGGGAGGUUGUUGACCCUGCUAUUAUAAAGACAAUUGUUGACAAACUUCUGGAUCCUCCAGAAGAGGUUUCUGCUGAAUAUGAUGAGCCUUUAAGGAUAGAGCUUUUGCAGCUCGCCACCUUGCUUCUUAAGUAUCUUCAAAAUGAUCUUGUUCAUCACAGGAAAGAACUUAUCAAGUUUGGCUGGAAUCAUCUCAAACGUGAAGACAGUGCCAGCAAGCAGUGGGCAUUUGUCAACGUGUGCCACUUCUUGGAGGCAUAUCAGGCCCCAGAAAAGAUUAUACUCCAGGUUUUUGUUGCACUUCUUAGAACUUGUCAGCCAGAAAAUAAAAUGCUGGUCAAGCAGGCCCUUGAUAUCCUAAUGCCAGCACUGCCAAAGCGAUUGCCUCUUGGAGAUUCCCGUAUGCCAAUUUGGAUACGCUACACCAAAAAAAUUCUGGUCGAGGAGGGUCACUCUAUUCCUAACUUGAUUCACAUUUUCCAGCUCAUUGUCCGCCACUCAGAUCUCUUUUAUAGCUGCAGAGCACAAUUUGUACCUCAGAUGGUAAACUCUCUUAGCCGCCUUGGAUUGCCAUAUAACACUACAGCAGAAAACAGGCGUCUUGCUAUUGAACUUGCUGGACUGGUUGUUGGGUGGGAAAGGCAGAGGCAAAAUGAAAUUAAAGUAGUAACUGAUAAUGAUGUAGCUUGUCAGAGUACUGAUGGAUUUAAUCCUGGGUCUGCUGGAGUUGAACCUAAACGUCCAGUGGAUGCAUCUACAUUUCCUGAAGACCCAAGUAAACGAGUUAAGGUUGAACCUGGCCUUCAAUCCCUUUGUGUCAUGUCUCCUGGUGGUGCCUCAUCUAUUCCUAACAUAGAAACCCCGGGAUCCACUGGUCAGCCUGAUGAGGAAUUCAAGCCAAAUGCUGCAAUGGAAGAGAUGAUUAUAAAUUUUCUCAUAAGGGUAGCCUUGGUCAUAGAGCCCAAGGACAAGGAAGCAAGUCUUAUGUAUAAACAAGCUUUGGAUCUACUAUCUCAAGCUUUGGAGGUGUGGCCAAAUGCCAAUGUUAAAUUCAAUUAUCUUGAGAAGCUGCUGAGUAGCAUUCAACCAUCUCAGUCGAAGGACCCAUCAACAGCUCUAGCACAAGGCUUGGAUGUCAUGAAUAAGGUUUUGGAGAAGCAGCCUCAUUUAUUCAUCCGAAAUAACAUCAAUCAAAUUUCUCAAAUUCUUGAACCCUGUUUCAAGUACAAAAUGUUGGAUGCUGGAAAGUCAUUGUGCUCCCUGUUGAAGAUGGUGUUUGUUGCUUUUCCUAUAGAAGCAGCCAAUACACCUCAAGAUGUGAAGAUGUUGUUUCAAAAGGUUGAGGAUUUGAUACAGAAGCAGAUUGCUUCUGUUACAGCUCCUCAGACAUCGGGUGAAGACAACUCUGCUAACUCAAUUAGCUUUGUGCUGUUCGUCAUUAAAACAUUGACUGAAGUGCAAAAGAACCUUAUUGAUCCCUAUAUCUUGGUUCGCAUCCUUCAACGCCUGGCACGAGAUAUGGGAACAUCGGCUAGUUCUCAUGUGAGACAAGGUCAACGAACAGAUCCAGAUUCUGCAGUCACUUCUUCUCGUCAAGGUGCUGAUAUCGGAGCAGUUAUCUCUAAUCUAAAGUCUGUCUUGAAACUAAUUAGUGAAAGGGUCAUGCUUGUUCCGGAGUGCAAACGAACUAUAACUCAGAUCCUGAAUGCAUUGUUGUCUGAGAAAGGUACCGAUGCCAGUGUGCUUCUAUGCAUACUUGAUGUAGUAAAGGGCUGGAUUGAAGAUGUCUUCAACAAGCCUGGAACUUCAAGUGCCUCAAGUGGGUUUCUUACUUCAAAGGAAAUAGUCUCCUUUCUUCAGAAGCUUUCACAAGUUGAAAAGCAGAACUUCUCUCCAAGUGCUCUAGAAGAGUGGGACCAGAAAUAUCUUCAGCUUCUUUAUGGAAUUUGUGCUGAUUUGAAUAAAUAUCCUCUGUCCCUACGGCAAGAAGUGUUUCAGAAGGUGGAAAGGCAAUUUAUGCUUGGUUUAAGGGCAAGGGAUCCUGAAGUUAGGAUGAAAUUUUUUUCACUUUAUCAUGAAUCUCUUGGGAAGACAUUAUUCACAAGGCUGCAGUACAUUAUCCAAUAUCAAGAUUGGGAAGCUUUGAGUGAUGUCUUCUGGCUCAAACAAGGGCUAGAUCUUCUUCUAGCAAUUCUAGUCGAGGAUAAACCAAUUACACUUGCUCCAAACUCUGCUAGGGUGCCACCCCUUGUGGUCUCAGGUUCUCUUCCAGAUCAUUCUGGGAUGCAGCACCAAGUUACUGAUGUUCCUGAAGGUCCUGAGGAAGCUCCUUUAACAUUUGAUGGCCUUGUCCUCAAGCAGUCAAAAUUUCUGAACGAAAUGAGCAAACUUCAGGUGGCUGAUCUGGUUAUUCCAUUGAGAGAGCUGGCUCAUACAGAUGCAAAUGUCGCAUACCAUUUGUGGGUAUUGGUGUUUCCCAUUGUCUGGGUGACUUUACUAAAGGAAGAACAGGUAACACUAGCUAAACCAAUGAUUACUCUCCUAUCCAAAGAUUAUCACAAGAAGCAGCAGGCCCACAGACCAAAUGUUGUGCAAGCACUUCUAGAAGGACUUCAGUUGAGCCAUCCCCAACCCCGUAUGCCUAGUGAGCUGAUUAAAUAUAUUGGAAAGACUUAUAAUGCAUGGCACAUCUCAUUGGCUCUGCUUGAGACUCAUGUAAUGUUGUUCAUGAAUGAUACAAAGUGCUCUGAGUCCCUGGCUGAGCUUUAUCGAUUGCUUAAUGAAGAAGAUAUGAGGUGUGGGUUGUGGAAGAAAAGGUCGAUUACUGCAGAAACCAGGGCUGGCCUUUCACUUGUUCAGCAUGGUUACUGGCAGCGUGCUCAGAGCCUCUUCUACCAAGCCAUGGUUAAGGCAACUCAAGGCACUUACAACAAUACUGUGCCUAAGGCUGAGAUGUGUCUUUGGGAAGAGCAAUGGAUUUAUUGUGCUACUCAGCUUAGUCAGUGGGAUGCAUUGGUAGACUUUGGCAAGAGUAUAGAGAAUUAUGAAAUUCUGCUUGAUAGUCUGUGGAAGAUGCCUGACUGGGCAUACAUGAAGGAUCAUGUAAUUCCAAAGGCCCAGGUAGAAGAAACCCCGAAGCUUCGUCUGAUCCAAGCCUUUUUUGCUCUUCAUGAUAAAAAUGUGAAUGGUGUGGGAGAUGCUGAAAACAUAAUGGGAAAGGGUGUUGAUCUUGCUUUAGAGCAGUGGUGGCAAUUGCCUGAAAUGUCUGUUCAUGCUAGAAUACCUCUUUUGCAGCAAUUCCAACAGCUAGUUGAAGUCCAAGAAUCCGCUAGAAUUCUAGUAGACAUUGCCAAUGGAAACAAACAUUCUGGAAGUUCUGCCGUCAGUGUACAUGGUAGUCUCUAUGCAGAUUUAAAGGAUAUCCUUGAGACUUGGAGAUUGAGAACUCCUAAUGAAUGGGAUAAUAUGUCUGUUUGGUAUGAUUUGCUUCAAUGGAGGAAUGAGAUGUAUAAUGCUGUAAUAGAUGCAUUCAAGGAUUUUGCUAACACAAACCAACAACUUCAUCAUCUUGGUUAUCGUGACAAAGCAUGGAAUGUGAACAAACUUGCUCACAUUGCUCGUAAGCAGGGCCUUUAUGAUGUUUGUGUGACAAUACUUGAAAAGAUGUAUGGACACUCAACCAUGGAAGUGCAGGAGGCCUUUGUUAAGAUAAGAGAACAAGCCAAGGCUUACCUAGAGAUGAAAGGAGAGCUUACCAAUGGGCUUAAUUUGAUCAACAGUACGAACCUGGAAUAUUUUCCUGUGAAACACAAAGCAGAAAUUUUUCGUCUCAAAGGCGAUUUCCUGUUAAAGCUAAAUGAAUGUGAAAAUGCCAAUCUUUCAUAUUCUAAUGCCAUUACCCUUUUCAAGAAUUUGCCUAAAGGAUGGAUAAGCUGGGGAAAUUAUUGUGAUAUGGCUUACAAAGAAACCCACGAAGAGAUGUGGUUAGAAUAUGCUGUCAGUUGCUUUCUUCAAGGUAUCAAAUUUGGCAUCCCUAACUCCAGAAGCCAUCUAGCCCGUGUCUUAUAUCUUCUCAGCUUUGAUACUCCCAAUGAACCUGUGGGAAGAGCUUUUGACAAGUACCUGGAGCAAGUACCCCACUGGGUUUGGCUUUCGUGGAUUCCGCAGCUAUUACUUUCCUUGCAGAGGACAGAAGCUCCUCAUUGCAAACUUGUUCUACUAAAAAUUGCCACUGUAUAUCCACAGGCUUUGUACUACUGGCUGCGUACAUAUUUGCUUGAACGGCGUGAUGUUGCAAAUAAAUCUGAACUAGGUAGAAUUGCAAUGGCUCAGCAAAGAAUGCAGCAAAAUGUCUCUGGCACUACUGCUGGUUCUCUUGGUUUGGCUGAUGGAAGUGCAAGAGUGCAGAGUCAUGGUGGGGGUGCCUUAACCUCAGAUGGUCAAGUUAAUCAAGGGAAUCAAUCUGCUGGUGGAAUUGGAUCUCAUGAUGGUGGAAACACCCAUGCACAGGAACCUGAAAGAACAUCAUCUGUGGAUGGCAGUGCACAUGCUGGGAAUGACCAACCUAUGCAACAGAAUUCUUCAACCAUUAAUGAAGGUGGUCAAAAUGCAUUAAGGCGUAAUGGUGCUUUUGGUUUGGUAUCUUCUGCUGCCAGUGCUUUUGAUGCUGCCAAGGAUAUCAUGGAGGCUCUUAGAAGCAAGCACGCCAAUUUGGCUAGUGAACUUGAGGUCCUGCUCACAGAAAUUGGUUCAAGGUUUGUUACCCUGCCAGAGGAGAGACUUUUAGCAGUGGUUAAUGCUCUGCUCCACCGUUGUUAUAAGUAUCCAACUGCCACUACAGCAGAGGUUCCCCAAUCUCUCAAGAAAGAGCUCUCUGGUGUUUGCAGGGCUUGCUUUUCGGCAGAUGCCGUGAACAAGCAUGUUGAUUUUGUGAGAGAGUACAAACAGGACUUUGAGCGUGAUCUUGAUCCUGAAAGCACAACUACUUUCCCAGCCACCCUUUCUGAGCUGACAGAGAGGUUGAAACAUUGGAAAAAUGUUCUCCAGAGUAAUGUUGAGGACCGGUUUCCAGCUGUCUUGAAGCUGGAAGAAGAAAGCAGGGUGUUGCGGGACUUCCAUGUGGUUGAUGUGGAGGUUCCAGGACAGUAUUUUACGGAUCAGGAAAUUGCUCCAGAUCAUACAGUAAAGUUAGACAGGGUUGAAGCUGAUAUUCCGAUUGUUCGAAGGCAUGGAAGCAGUUUCCGUCGUUUGACUCUAAUUGGCUCUGAUGGUUCUCGACGCCAUUUUAUUGUCCAGACAUCUUUGACUCCUAAUGCGAGAAGUGAUGAACGCAUACUACAGCUUUUCCGUGUGAUGAACCGAAUGUUUGAUAAGCACAAGGAAUCGAGGCGCCGCCAUAUCUGCAUUCACACUCCUAUUAUUAUCCCUGUUUGGUCCCAGGUUCGCAUGGUAGAGGAUGAUUUAAUGUACAGCAGCUUCCUUGAGGUGUAUGAGAACCAUUGUGCAAGAAAUGAUCGAGAGACGGAUCUCCCUAUUACCUUUUUCAAGGAGCAAUUGAACCAAGCAAUAUCUGGUCAAAUCUCACCAGAAGCUGUUAUUGAUCUCCGUCUCCAAGCUUAUAACGACAUAACAAAAAAUUAUGUGACUGACAGCAUAUUGUCCCAGUACAUGUACAAGACUCUACUGAGCGGUAACCAUAUGUGGGCUUUCAAAAAGCAAUUUGCCAUCCAGUUGGCCCUUUCAAGUUUCAUGUCGUUCAUGCUACAAAUAGGGGGAAGGUCUCCAAACAAGAUACUGUUUGCUAAGAACACUGGAAAAAUAUUCCAGACAGAUUUCCAUCCAGCAUAUGAUGCGAAUGGUAUGAUUGAGUUUAGUGAACCUGUCCCUUUCCGUUUGACAAGGAACUUGCAGGCAUUUUUCUCCCAUUUUGGAGUAGAAGGCCUUAUUGUGUCAGCCAUGUGUGCUGCUGCUCAAGCUGUGAUUUCUCCCAAACAAAGCCAGCAUUUAUGGCAUCAAUUAGCCAUGUUUUUCCGUGAUGAGCUACUCUCCUGGUCUUGGAGAAGACCACUUGGGAUGCCUUUGGGUCCUGUUCCAGGAGGGGGUAGUUUGAACCCUAUUGACUUCAAGCACAAGAUCACUUCCAACGUUGAGCAAGUUAUUGGCAGGAUCAGUGGAAUAGCCCCUCAGUAUCUCUCUGAAGAGGAGGAGAAUGCUGUGGACCCACCGCAUUCGGUCCAGAGGGGUGUGACAGAGAUGGUUGAAGCUGCCUUGACCCCAAGGAACCUUUGCAUGAUGGAUCCCACAUGGCAUCCCUGGUUUUAACCACACACACAUAUAUAUCUGCUGCCGUCAGACUAGCAGUUUCCUUUGUAAAUUUUAUGUACAUGAACUGAAUUGUGGGAAUUGCUGCUCAUUUAUGUAAAUUUUAGGAGAGUGAAUUGAAGAAAUGGCUCAUCAUAUUAUUCUCCUCAUACAGAGUCUCUCUCUCUUUAUACAAGUGCAUGAUAGGGCAUUGCAUCCAGUUUAUCA